ACCUUUACUCUAGAUUCUCCAUCCUAUGCUACACUCUCUCUCCUAUACUCAACUUCUUCCACUUAAAAGCAAGUUAGCUAGCUAGGGUUUUGUGAGCCAGAGAGAUGGGUUCAAAAAGAACGGCAUCACUAGCCCUCUUCUUUGCACUCAACAUCCUCUUCUUUUCCCUGGUGAGUGCUUGUGGUUCCUGCCCUUCCCCCAACCCCAAACCUAAACCUAAACCAAAGCCAAACCCCACUCCGUCCCCAUCUUCUUCUGGCAAGUGCCCUAGAGAUGCUCUUAAACUCGGUGUAUGUGCUGAUUUGCUCGGUGGCUUGCUCAACGUCACCAUUGGUACGCCUCCUGUUCAACCCUGCUGCUCUCUCAUCCAAGGUCUUGCUGAUCUUGAAGCUGCCGUUUGCCUUUGCACGGCAAUCAAAGCUAAUAUUUUGGGCAUCAACCUUAAUGUCCCACUUUCCCUCAGCUUGCUUCUUAAUGUCUGCUCAAAGAAAGUACCCUCUGGCUUCCAAUGUCGCUAAAUCAGUUCUCUAAAUUCUUUCUCUUCUUAGUGCUGCGUGGUUUUGAUGUUCUUAAGGUCCAGUUUGCAGUGAUCAAUGUUUUCUUGGUAACUGGUUGUUUAAUUUACGUUGUUGUAGUGUUGUUUCCUUUUGGAUUGAUACUGAAUAAAUGUAACACUAUAUGAAAAAGAAGAAGUUUAAUUUCUUUGGAUU